AAAAAAAAAACAAUUAUUAAAAAAACUAAAUAAAUUGUGUUCAUUAAAUAAAACAAAAACUUUUUAAAAAAAUAUAUACAAAAUGCAUAACAUUGAAGAUAUGCUAGUGGAAAAAAACUAUUCCAAGUGUCCUUUGAAAAAACGUCCCGUCCACUAUCACUUCGACGAGGAUGAUACUUCAAUAAUUAUGGAUACAAAAAAAUCAAACAACAACAACAUAACAGUGCCUCUCAAAAUGGAUAAUGAUGAGCCCGAAAAUUUAAGCUUGAAAAAGGAUAAUUGUGAAUCGGGGGCAGAAAAACACAUGACUUCCUCGGCCGAAGAAGAAAUGAUCAAUGUCAGUGAUUGCUGUGAAGAUGAGGGUGUCGAUGUUGAUCACACCGACGAUGAUAGUAUGUGUGAUGAUGAAGAUGAAAUGAUCGAUUGUGUGGAUAUUGAGGAUAAUCACAGUGAAGAUACAAAUACAACACAGGCAGCUGCUUUGGCGGCAGCCGCUGCUGUAGCUGCUGCCUCGGCAGCGGUUGUAGUGCCCACACCCACAUAUCCUAAAUAUGGCAUACAGCCCUGGAAUUUCCAUAUGUCUCCUUAUACCGCUGAAUUCUAUCGUACCAUUAAUAAUCCUCAUUUGGCUCAACAAAUUUCCCCCCUCAGAGGAGAACUAUUAUCGCCCAGCUCUCCCUCCGACUCCAUUGGUUCACUGUCUCCACCUCCUCAUCACUACCUGAGUGUACGUGCCAGCUCUGUUUCCCCACCCAUGCGUACAGAUGUCAUACACCGACCCAUUGGUGUAAGACAAAUGCCUUCUCAAUCGCCUCAACACCAGCAUAGAUUCAUGCCUUAUCCUUUGCCUGCCUAUCCAACCCACCAUCAAUCGGCCGUCUCCUAUGCCUUGGGUUAUCCACCACAACAUCAUCAUGCUCCCAUUUCACCAGCAUACUCGGAAUCUUCCUACUAUUCCAUGAGAUCGUUAACACCUGAAUCAUUAGCCUCACCCGUGCCAGAAGAUCUUUCUGUAAAGCCCAACAACUGCCAUAUCAUGAAGACUCCCCAAAAAUUAAAUACCAGCAUAAUCAAAACCGAAAAAAUUGAUAUCUCUCCUAUGGCUCAACAAACAACAACACCAGCUUCAGCUGCCAGUACACCAGCUAAAAAAGAGAAAAAUUGUCCUCCUCGUUAUCAGUGUCCAGAUUGUCAAAAAUCCUAUUCCACCUUCUCAGGACUCACCAAGCAUCAACAGUUCCACUGUCCAGCAGCCGAGGGUAAUCAAGUGAAAAAAUCCUUUAGCUGCAAGGAUUGUGACAAAACCUAUGUAUCUUUGGGAGCUUUAAAAAUGCAUAUACGCACCCACACUCUACCCUGCAAGUGCAACAUUUGUGGUAAAGCCUUCUCGCGGCCAUGGUUGUUACAGGGCCAUAUACGCACUCAUACCGGUGAGAAACCUUUCAGUUGCCAACAUUGUCAUCGUGCCUUUGCUGAUCGCUCCAACUUGAGAGCUCAUUUGCAAACACAUUCCGACAUUAAGAAAUAUUCCUGCACCAAUUGUUCCAAAACUUUCUCUCGCAUGUCUCUGCUAACCAAACAUUCGGAAGGCGGUUGCCAAGGUUCCCUAAACUCUGCAAAUAACUCCAGUAAUUCUUCAAAUGAACUAAACUCUUAUCCUGUCUACAACGAGCAUUAGGACAAUAUUUUGACAAAACUUAUCACAUUUGCCAUAUUACAAAACCACCAAAAAUUAGUUCCUAAAAUCUAAGACAUCUAAAAAAAAAACAUCUCAACUAUUUUUCUACUUUUUACAACACAAACAAAAUUCAAACUGGUGUUAGAUUUUCUUAAAAAAAAAAAUAAAUCACAAAGGCAGAGCCUUUCUUAUUCCUUUUUUUAUAAAUAAAACCAAAACUCUAGUCAGCCUCUUGAAACAAACCACAAAAAAGAAACUAUAACUUUUCCUUGCAUUUAACUUCCUUUAAUUUUUUUGUAGAGUGCCUGUACAAAUGUAUUAUAAUUAAUUAAACUUCUCAAAUUGUAUAUUUUUUGUAAAAAGCAAAAGCAAAACAAACAAAUUAAUUUUGUAAAGUUAUUUUUAAGCUCAAAUUUAUUUUUAAUUAAUUUUUUAUAUGGAAGACAAUGUUUAAAAUUUAAGAUAGAAUAUACACAUACAAUAUAUUUUUUAUAAAAAAUUACAAUUUUUCUCUAUGUAUAAAUGUAGUUUUAGCGCUAUUUUUAUAUACAAAUAUUUUUUAAUUUUAAAUGAAAUGUUUUUUAGUUUUAUAAGAAAUAAUUUAUUUAAAAAACAAAAGUGAAUUUUUAAACAAAUACAAAAAAUAAUAUUUUACAUAAACGAAAA